UCCUCGUUUGCUGUUACUUACAGCCCCUGUGCUCUCGUACAAAAAAUUUUUAUUUUUAUUUUACAGCUAAUAUAAUUGCACUGGUGUGUCGUGUCGAGCAGUGCAAAUUAUAUAACAGUCAUGAUCUUCGUGUAUCGUUAGGGCCAGAAGAAAUCGCCACUGCGUCCGAAUGAUCAAGUUUGCAUGUCGAUUUUCAGUUGGAUCGAAUAACGUGACACCUCCAUGACGAUGGGUUCGUGCCAUCAGGUGGUGCCGCGGCUGAUAACGUUCGACGUGACGGGAACGCUUCUGAUGACCAAAAUAAAGCAGCACUACGUCGAGGUGGCCUUGAGUUGCGGCUACGUCGGUCAGCUGGAUGGUCCGAGGCUCGAAAAAACCUUCCGAAAGAGCUUCAAGCGCCUCGAAGUCGAGCAUCCGAUUUACGGUAGGCAUACCGGUCUCGGCUGGGAAAGGUGGUGGCGAACGCUCGUGCACGAGGUCUUCCAGGAUCAGGAUCGCGGCAUCGACAAAAGCAAGCUUGAACAGAUCGCCUCGGGUCUGAUCGACUGCUACAGUUCAAAGCACUGCUGGCACAAGUACCCGGGCACCCUGGAGCUGCUGGAUAGCCUGCAUGGUCGGCGUGACCUCGUCCUCGGCGUCGUCUCGAACUUUGACGAGCGGCUCGGGAUUGUCCUCGACUCGACUGGGCUGCGCUCGUACUUUGCCUUCGUCCUCACCUCGUACGGUUUUGGGAUCCAGAAACCGAGCCCGGCCAUAUUUCAGGAGGCACUGCGGCUGGCGUCCCUGGGACUGAGCCGGGAGAUCAGGCCCGAGGAGGCCGUGCACGUUGGCGAUCGGCUGGACAACGAUUUUUUGGGGGCACGUGGGGCAGGCUGGAACGCAGUUUUGAUCGAUCGCGACGGCAAGAACGAAGAAGACCAACGGCUCGGCUCGAGAGACGUCGUCGUCGACUUUCGGGGCCUGAAGGAGUACUUUGACCGUUUGUUCGACAAGAAGGCGGUCUGCGACCGGUGAUCGGUCCAAGCACGUUAUUGCUCUCUGUUGGAUCGAGGAGCAAACUUUUUUUUUUUUUUUUUUACACAAUUCUGAUAUUGUAUAUGUAUACCGGUGCCAGAGAUGUAUUUCUCCAGCAAGAUAAAAAAACAUUGAGAUUUGUAACUACGAGUGCCAUACGGGAGCAACGGUUUAUUUUUCAAAGUCUCGAAUUUAGGGUGUGACAUAAUAGUGUAUAUGUAUCGCUCCUGUUAUUUAUUCAUGUGAUAUGUAUGUUGUCGAAGUGAUAGUCAACGUAAAGACUCGAUGUAUACUGAGAAGAGAUUAUUUUAUUUUUAUUUUCUUUUAACAUUCGUACGUACAUGUAUAUAUAUUAUUACCUAACACUUGUUGUCGACAAACAUGAUUGCGGAUUAUAACGUUAAAAAUCGAG